AUGAAAAUAUUAAUGCUCAUGUUAUUAAUAACAUUAUAUAAAUCGAUUAAUAGUACUGAUGAAUAUAAAUUUUCAAAUUUUGAUUUAAAACCAAAUUUUGCAAUAUUAAAUUCAACAAGUACAAUGAAAUUCUUAUGUACAAAAUACAAAGAUGAUAAUCUUGAUUUUGAUAUUAGUUUAGUACCAACAAUUUCUUCAGAUAAUUUAAAAAUCUAUAAAAAUCAUCUUAAUAAUACAGCUAUGGAAAUUUUUAUUCAAUCAUCAGGUUAUAUUGGUAUUCUUAAUUUAAUUUGUUCACCAGUAAACAAUAAAAGUAUAGGUGUUCGAUCAGAUAUUAUCGUUGGUACGUCACCUGAUCUAAUUAAACGUAAAGGAAACUGUAUUGUACAUGACAAUAAAUAUAUUGAGUGUAAAAUUCAUACACCAGAAAUGGUAUCUGCUAUUCAUCAUAAACAUCCAUAUGAUUUUGAUUUUAUAGAAAUUUAUCAAUCUUCAGAUGAGAAUUCUUAUAAUCAACGACCUGAAUUAGUCAAAACUGAUCAUAUUCAUAAAACUUUAACAUUUCGAUGGUAUCCAGUGAAAGAUGGUGUUUUUCCAAUGGGAUUAAAAAUGCUUAUACGUGGUACAUUACGAUAUUUUGAUUCGACUGAGUAUAUAAUAGAUAUGACACCAAUAGGUUUUUGGAUAAAAACAAAUUUUACUGUUCAAGUUUUAUCAUCAACUACUUUUCAAAUUCAUUUUGAUCAUAAGAAAUUUUCAUUACCAUUACUUUGUCGUGGAAAUUUAUCAAAAGAUGAUAAUUUUACAAGUUUAAAUCAAAAAGAAAACUCAAGAACUUUUGAUGAAACUAAUCAAACAACUAUUAAUAUGACUAAUUUGACACCAAAUACAUGGUACCAGUUAUGUUUUCAAUGUCGUCAAGAUGUAUCUGUCAAUACAAUUAGUGAAGCACUAUAUUGGCUUAUAGAUUUAAUUAUUUUUAUCAUCAUAAUAGUCGGUGUUAUUGUUUUUAUUAUUAUUAAAAUGUAA